AUGCUCAUCAAAAAAGUAAUCAAGUGCUCAUCAAGAAGGUUUUUUUCUAUAAGAUUGAGUAGAGGACAAGCUCAUCUUCCACAGCAUAUCAGUAAUAUUUUAAAGAAACACGAUAUUGUGAUAACCGAUGACGAAUUUAAGAGGGACUUUCAAGAGCCUAUAGUGUCACAUUUAAGGAAAAGAGGAUUAAUUGAAACAUGUGUCAACGAGGAACAACUUUUCAAGGAUGCAGAAGACAAAGUAUUAGGCUUAUAUUGUGGGGCUGAUCCGACUGCCAAAUCGCUUCAUUUAGGAAACCUUUUACCGUUGAUGAUUUUGCUUCACUUUAACCUACGUGGCCAUCGAAUCUUCCCGCUAAUUGGAGGCGCCACUGGUGAAGUUGGUGAUCCAUCGGGUAGGUCAACUGAAAGAUCGGCAAUGGCGGAAGAGGCAAGACGAGACCAUGUUGAAAGAAUCUCCAAUCAAUUUCUGGACUUUUUUCAACGGGCUGUUGAGUACGGAAAAACCAGGAACCCCGAGAUUGCUAGCUUAUCUAUUGGAUCCCAAGAAUUAAAAAAUAAUCGUGAAUGGUGGAAAGACAUGGGGUUCUUACAUUUCUUAGCAACCUACGGUAGGCAUAUCAGGGUGAACCAGAUGCUGAGUAGAGAAUCCAUUAAGGCUAGAUUAAGUUCCGACCAAGGUAUUGGAUUUAAUGAAUUUACUUAUCAAAUUUUGCAGGCAUAUGAUUUCUACUAUUUGAACAAAACUUACAAAGUCAACAUUGAAGUAGGAGGUAACGACCAAUAUGGUAAUAUUGUUGCCGGAAUUGACCUGAUCAAUAGAUUAAAGAAGGUUGAAGAUUCAGAUAGGAAUGACGAUGUUUAUGGAAUAACUGUACCUUUACUAACAACUUCCAAUGGGGUGAAGUUCGGGAAAAGUGCAGGAAAUGCGCUUUUUAUAGACAAAGAAUUAACAUCUGCAUAUGACAUUUAUCAAUUUAUGUAUAACACUACAGAUGCCGAUGUUCAGACUUUUCUCUACAAAUUUUCCUUAUUACCAGUUUCCGUAAUUGAUAAGAUUGUUGAUCUCCAUAAUAUGAACAAGAAGCUGAGAAUUGGUCAAAGGGUCCUAGCAAUCGAGAUGUGUGAUUUAAUUCACGGAGACGGAGAAGGAUUGAGUAACUAUAUCAUUAGUGAAGUUCUAUUUAGCAAUUCCAAUAUACGGGAAAAUUUCAAGGCCGACGAGGUUUUGGAUGCAUUUAAGAAGCAGAAUUUAGUUUGUGAAUUCAACAGAGACGAAGUCCUGAAAACACCAAUCUAUCAGAUAUUAUAUUCGGCAUGUAGAGGUGAGAAAUCUAAAUCUGAAAUUAAGAGGAUGAUUAAAAAUGGUUCAUUUCAAAUAGGCAACACCAAAGAUGGCAAAGUCAAGGACCCAGAUUAUUGCAUCACUGAAAAUGACGUUAUUGAAGAAAGACUACUUGUUUUAAAGCUUGGCAAGAAGUUCUACAUUGUUGAAGUUAUCAACUGA